UCUCAUCUGAUCGGCUCCUAAGGGAGGAUUUCACUGGUAAAAACCUACUCGCCGCUCAUCUUUAAUCGCCGGUCAACGAUGUCGCGCAAGACCACCGCCGCUGACUUCGUCCCGACCCUGGCGCUCGCUGUGACGGUUGCCGCGGUGCCCGCCGUCACGGUCAAUCCAAUUGGACGAAGCACGGCCCUGCUGAUCGUCAAGCAUGGCAUAUUAUGCGUGAAAGGUGUCGACUGUGAAAGCAACUAUUGCCCGCAAAUUCAGGGUCAGAGGAAGCAUGAAAAGCAUGGUACACUUCGAAGGCACAAAGCCUCGCUACGUGCCGGUGGACGAUUCCAGGUUUUGGCUCGCCUCAUCAGCUGGUAUCUGUCGGUGACGGUCAAGGCAGGCCUUCGUCCUGCAUCUAUCAACAUCAAGGUUUGUGCUGCCCAUAUCGUAUCGUCAGCUGUAAUCUUCCUGGGUUGUAAUACGUGAGUAUCAUGCAAUAAAAGGUAGCAAGGUCCCUACACGAGAUUUGUAAGCGAUGUACUCGUCGCCAAAGAAUUCGACGAGAUGCAUCUCUUCCACGUGAAUGCGAUGGGAAAAGAAGCGCCAGAGGACGACAG